UGGUUAAACCCUCUGAAAGAGGAACCAAUGCGAGUGGGUCCGUGUUUCACUGGGACCUAAAUCAUCAUUACAACAGGUUGUUUACAUCGGAAGUGCAAAGCUGCGUGGGAUAUACGCUGAAGCUGCUGGAAAAUACGCGUUGAAGCGGAGCAAACGUGUUUCUUUAACCUUUAGAUUAAAUAAUAAUAAAUUCCUCUCAACCUCUUACUAAAAAUGUGCGCGUAUAAAUAGUGUCAGAGAUGCCCUGACACACUAAAAACACACGGCAGGAUGCUGGUGAGCUACAGCAGCAGCUCAGAGGAGGACAGUGAGGCGGCUGAUCCAAACAAAAGUUUAUCUCGAAAGUGUCAAGAGGAAGACGGUGCAAACACUGGCAGCCCAGCGAGCAAGAAACCCAAAAUUCAGGAACAAGUUACCAAAACAAGGCUGCCUCUCCCUGGUCGCCUGUUGGACAUGUUUCCAGAUGAAGAGGACUCACAGACUGAAGACAGUUCUCUUCAUGGUGGACGUCUCCGCUCCUUCAAACACGAGAGAGGCAACUGGGCCACAUAUGUUUAUUUUCCAUACCAUCCUGAGGAGGAGUUUGGGGAGUUGUUGGAGGAGCUGCUGUCCUUGGCCGGGGCCCGUGGCGUGGUUCUGACCCCGCAGGAGGAGUUCCACCUCAGUCUUUCACAGACGGUGGUGCUGAGACACCACUGGAUCCAACCGUUCACCCGGAGCCUCAGGGCGGGCCUGGUGCACUGCAAGAGGUUUGCGUGCUCAGCGGGGAGACUGAAGGUCUAUUGCAACGCCGAGAGGACGAGGACGUUUCUGGGGAUGGAAGUGUCCACUGGGCAUGCUCAGCUGUUGGACCUGGUCCAAGUAGUGGACAGAACAAUGACGGAGUUUCAUCUGGACACUUUCUAUGAGGAUCCAUCUUUCCACGUGAGUCUGGCCUGGUGUGUUGGAGACCUGACAGAAAAGAUGAAGGGGAGCAUUCAGGGGAUGCAGAGUCUGAUUGAUGACCACGAAGACGGGCCAUUUACGCUAAGGUUGGACUGCGAGGAGCUGCGUUGCAGGACGGGAAACAAGGUCUUCCGCUUCCCUCUGCAGCCCUAAAAUUUGACCGAUGACCACUGGACCUUUACAGCUGUGUUCCUCUUAGCCACAUAAAUGAGCUGGAAACAUACUCAUGUCGUGGUGCAAUAACAAUAUGUUGUAUUGAUUGAUAUGUGGCAUUUGCCAACAUAGACAAUCAAGACUCUGUCAAAGAUGAGAAAAAAUGAUGUAUUUUAAUACUGUAUAUAAAUAAAGUUGCGACUGGUUUUAUACUAACAUUUGCAUGAGAGAAUACUAACGCUAAUAGAUAUGCUCAGGAUUUAGAAAGGCUGACGUGUGACUAAAAUGUGUGAGAAGCUGCACAUUUUAAGGGGUGACAUGAGCACUUCCUGGAAAAGUAAGUUGUGGACUUAAUGAGCACUGAAACCACAGCGAGCGGUUCCAAAAACACGCAGUCACAUCUCAUCUUUUAGCCUCACUGACAAGAACACGGAGGG